GGAAGAUCACAAAAAAGAAAGGUGCAAAAAUGGCAACAAACAAUAACAUUGGAGAAGAGAGAAGGAGAAGACUUGCAGAAAGAGGUUCCGAUAGAAUGGCAUUAAUAACUGGUCGUAUUAAUGCACUUCCACCUACACCACCUACACCUCCUUCUAACAGGUCUUCUCCUUCAUAUCGUCAUGGACAAUCCAUGUCUGUUUCUGCAUUUGAUUCUCAUUAUGAAAAACUCAGUAGUCCUCUUGCUCGCCAUGCACGACCUCACUCCCUCGCUUCGUCGGCUUUUGCAUCGGAAUUUAACCAAGAUAAUGCCGAUAAUGCUGAAGAGAACAAACAAGAUACCUCUACUGCUUCAAGACUUAAACAUCAAGGAGGUUUUAAGUAUUCAAAUUUCGAGGCCAAAACCGAAGACGAGCCGCUACUAGAAGAUUCUAAGGCCAAAUUAACAAAAUCAUCAUCAAUAGAAAAGCUAACAGAAUGCCUCAACAUAAACCAAGCAAAGAGACUUCAUAACUGGAGCCGGAAUACAUUUUUCUCAUCAAGAGAACUGAAUUUCAGCAUUCUAGCUUCCGAAAACACGCGCGCACUCAGUUCACUGAUAAUAGCAUUGGUGGUUGUUUUCUAUUACAUCAUCUCCUCCGAGGGUAUUUUCGCUUCAAGGCCUAUUUACGUUGUGUUGGUGACCGAUGUCACGAUUGUUGUUUAUCGUAUAUACCGCGAAAAGACUAGGGUUUUGAAAGAGAGACAAGGACAAAUGGUUGAGGCUGGUGAAGAUGGACAGAGUUGGGGUGAUGCAGUGAAACUUUUGGAGAGAGGUUUGGUUUUGUACCAAGCUAUUAGAGGUUUUUUUAUUGAUUGUAGUAUUUAUUUAGUUGUUGUUGUAUGCUGCAUUUCCCUAAUGUAGCUUUAAUUGUUCGGUAUAAAUCGGGUAUUCUCUCUACACAAGUGUAAAGACUAACUAAUCCGUUGAGUCUGAUAUAAGAUCACAAUGGAUGGACAAAGCUCACGCUCAUACGCUUUAAUGCACUGCAUUUCCACGACCGAAUUUAAAUUUCGGACGUCUGGUUAAAUUGGCAGAGACCCGAAAUCCAAGUGCUACUGGAUGUAGGUUUAGUUGGUUGAGUA